AUACCGUGCCGACAAAAAAUGAAAAGAGAAAAGAAAAGUGAAAAAUUCUCUCUCUCACAAUCAAUCACACGUAUUCUGUGUUCUUCUUCUUCUCCGUCUCUUUCGUUGCCUCUGCUUUCACUCUUUCCUGAUCAGUUUAUUUAUAUAUCUGGUAAGCUAAAAAAACACUAAUCGAGUUUUUGUGUGUGCUUCUCGAAGUUUCCGAAUUGUUUUGUUGAUACGUCUCAUUUAAUUAUAACUUAGGGUGAUGUUAUUACUCUGUUCUCUCUGCAAUCAAUUUGGUAUCUAGGUUUGUGUAAGAAAACAGAACAAUGUAUCCUUGUGGUUACGUUGCUGAAGUCACCAACUUGUCUCCUCAAGCCACUGAGAAAGAUGUUCUUAGUUUCUUUUCUCACUGUGGAAUCGUCGAGCUCGUCGAGAUCACCGGGUACGAAGGGGAUGCGUUAACGGCUUAUGUAACCUUCAGAGAUGCGUAUGCUCUAGAUAUGGCUGUCUUGCUUAGCGGAGCUACGAUCGUUGAUCAAACCGUUUCGAUAUCCAUGUACGGUGUCUAUUUACAUGAAUCUAACCAUCUCACACCAAAAGAAGACGACUAUUGUGUAACGACCACUCGUUCGGAUGCUUUUGCUUCAUCACCUGGAGAAGUUGUAACCGUGGCUCAACAAGUUGUAAAGACAAUGUUGGCUAAAGGCUACGUUCUAAGCACAGACGCCAUCGGUAAAGCCAGAGCUUUGGAUGAGUCUCAGAGAUUCUCAAGCUUGGUAGCCACCAAAUUGGCAGAGAUCAGCCAUUACAUUGGCCUCACACAGAACAUUCAGUCUAGUAUGGAAGUGGUCAGAUCAGCAGACGAGAAAUAUCAUUUCUCGGAGUUCACAAAAUCCGCGGUUCUCGUCACAGGAACGGCUGCCGUGGCUGCAGCCACCAUUACAGGGAAAGUGGCUGCAGCUGCAGCGACUGGUGUGGUGAACAGUCGAUACUUUGCUAAUGGGGCUUUAUGGUUCUCAGAUGCUUUGGGCCGGGCUGCAAAAGCAGCGGCCCAUAUGGGUGGAGGAGGAAGCAGUUGACUCUUCUCGUUUCAAAACAUAAUUAAAUGUGUCGACAUGUGAAGUUCUUCCAAGUGUUGUGAGAUAAAGAAAAAAAGCAUCUUGAAGAUAUUAUUAGUAACGUUACAUAUUAUUACUUGUAUGUUUAUGAGAAAACUAUAGAGAUAACUUAUAAAAUAUAUGAACAAAGAGUUUAUACAUGAA